AUGACCACGAGGGUACUGUCAAUUUUGUUGAUUGUUGUGGUCACUCCAUCUUUUACCCUCGACAUAUGCGACUACUAUAGUAUGACCGGUCAACUAGACAGUCAUCCGGAAUGUCGUCGGGGUAUGCCGGAACCGGAGACUUCGACCGCGGAACCAGUCCGUAUUGGGUUCUGUUCGAGUUCGGCCGCUCUCAUCCAAUGCACCUCGGAUCCUGUCACAUGUCCGCUAUCUGGCCAAGUUUGUAUUCAGUCGGACGGCAUUCCUGCUUCCGAGAUCAACUCCAAAGCCGGUUCAUGUCCACGACCGUUGGGUAUUUCCGUGCUCCAGGACGCUAAUAUUGGCUGUUGGAUGGACACCAAUUGUCCUGGAAUCCAAAAAUGUUGCGUUGAACCGAAUCCAAUCACUAAUUCGGCUACACGAAUUUGUCGUGAUCCAGUGGGGAUUCGAAGCACUUCGUUAUGUUCACUACCGUUGAUGGUCGGCUCAUGCACUGCACCGGUGACUCGUUUCUACUACGAUGCAACUUCCGGAACAUGCCAACGAUUCACCUACUCUGGAUGUGGCGGAAACGCUAAUAACUUCCAAUCGAUGGCAAGUUGCCAUGCCACCUGCGGUUCUUCCGGUAUUACUGGCACACCUCAAUGCCCAGCAGACGCUAACGCCGGAUUAAAUUGUUUGUUUUCGCAUGCUGACGCAUGCAAUACCAGCAGCGAUUGCCUUGGACGUGAAAACACGGUACAACCUUCAUGUUGUAUGACCACAUGUGGGUAUAAGAUUUGCUAUCAAUAUUAG